UUAGUUCGCCAUGGAUGAUGAUAUUGCUGCGCUCGUUGUGGACAAUGGCUCCGGUAUGUGCAAGGCCGGCUUCGCUGGGGACGACGCCCCUCGUGCCGUCUUCCCAUCCAUCGUCGGGCGCCCCAGACACCAGGGUGUGAUGGUUGGCAUGGGCCAGAAAGACAGCUACGUUGGUGAUGAGGCCCAAAGCAAAAGAGGUAUCCUGACCCUGAAGUACCCCAUUGAACACGGCAUUGUCACCAACUGGGAUGACAUGGAGAAGAUCUGGCACCACACCUUCUACAACGAGCUCAGAGUUGCCCCUGAGGAGCACCCUGUGCUGCUCACAGAGGCUCCCCUGAACCCCAAAGCCAACAGGGAAAAGAUGACACAGAUCAUGUUUGAGACCUUCAACACCCCAGCCAUGUACGUAGCCAUUCAGGCUGUCCUGUCCCUGUACGCCUCUGGUCGUACCACUGGUAUUGUGAUGGACUCUGGUGAUGGUGUCACCCACACUGUGCCCAUCUAUGAAGGCUAUGCCCUUCCCCAUGCCAUUCUCCGUCUGGAUCUGGCUGGCCGUGAUCUGACGGACUACCUCAUGAAGAUCCUGACCGAGAGAGGCUACAGCUUCACCACCACAGCCGAGAGGGAAAUCGUGCGUGACAUCAAGGAGAAGCUGUGCUAUGUCGCCCUGGACUUCGAACAGGAGAUGGCCACCGCAGCCUCCAGCUCUUCCCUGGAGAAGAGCUACGAACUCCCUGAUGGUCAGGUGAUCACCAUUGGCAAUGAGAGGUUCAGGUGCCCUGAAGCUCUCUUCCAGCCUUCUUUCUUAGGUAUGGAAUCCUGUGGUAUCCAUGAAACUACCUUCAACUCCAUCAUGAAGUGCGAUGUUGAUAUCCGUAAAGAUCUGUAUGCCAACACUGUGCUGUCUGGUGGUACCACCAUGUACCCAGGCAUUGCUGACAGAAUGCAGAAGGAGAUCACAGCCCUGGCACCCAGCACAAUGAAAAUCAAGAUCAUUGCCCCGCCUGAGCGCAAGUACUCUGUCUGGAUUGGUGGCUCCAUCCUGGCCUCCCUGUCCACCUUCCAGCAGAUGUGGAUCAGCAAGCAGGAGUACGACGAAUCUGGACCCUCCAUUGUCCACCGCAAAUGCUUCUAAACCGGACUGUUACCACGUCACACCGAAACAAGAACCCAUAUCUGCGCAUCAACCAAGACAAGAUUGGCAUGGCUUUAUUUGUUUUUUUUGGCGCUUGACUCAGGAUUUAAAAACUGGAAUGGUGAAGGUGACAGCAGCAGUCUUAGCGUGUCGGAGCGAUGGUCCCCAAAGUUCUACAAUGCAUCUGAGGACUUUGAUUGUACAUUUGUUUGUUUCUUUUUUUUUGGUUUUGUUUUUUUAAUAGUCAUUCCAAAUAUUGUAUAAUGCAUUGUUACAGGAAGUUCUCGCCUCUGCGAAGGCCGCAGCCCACCUCGAAGGAGCCUGUACCUAAAGAGGGUUUUAGGUGUAACUGCUUGUCUGUAAAUUAUGUAACCCAACAAGUGUCUUUUGUAUCUUCCGCCUUAAAAACAAACACUUGAUUCCUCUUUUUGAUUUGUCAAGCAAGCAGGGCUGUGUUUCCCAGUGGUAGAUGUGAAUGAAGGCUUUAGUCCCCCUGGAGUGUCCAGUGAAAAGCGGUGCCAGUAUGUGGGGGAGGGAGGGGCUACCUGUACACUGACUUAA